UAUUUCCCACCUCACACCCCAUAUCCCCACCCCAUAGCCCGUAUAUCCACCCCAUAGCCCCACCCUGUAGCUCAUAUAUCCCCAUUCUGUUCACCUCACUCCAUUCUUCCUCCUGCCCCCCUCCCCCUGCACUCCCAUAUCCCACCAUGACCCCAUUGGGAUAUUAUGGGGUCACCUCCCCACCUGUUAUAGGUUAUUAUAUGGGGCUGCUUCCCACCUGUUAUAGGGUUGGGGGGUUCCUCCCCAUUCCCCCCCCCCGGGCUCAGCCACCACUUCCCUGUUAUGAAUAUUCAUGUUGGCUCUUGGCCCGGCCCCAUAUUUGCUCAAGCAGGUUUUGCUCUCGGGUUCACCUUGACUCGGAUCAGUGGGGCAGCAGCGGGUGGCCAGGCCCCAUAUUAUCCCAUAUUAUCCCAUAGGCCACAGUGUGGGGCAGGAGACUCAGGAUUUCCCUGUUCCCUGCCCCAUAGCGAUGGCUGAGCCCCACAGCUGGUGGAAGCUGACCUUCCUAAGGAAGCGUCAAUCCACACCCAAGGUUCUGUACGACAGCCCCGACAUUCACGCGAGCGACGGCCCCGAAGAUCCGACCCCAAAAGGAACAAAGGAUUUUCCAGCUCGAUUGGAGAAAAUGGUGGAGAAAAACCCUAAAGGGAAACACGUCAAAGUUUCCAAUUCCGGAAGGUUUAAAGAGAAGAAGAAAAUCAGAGCGACUUUGGCUGACAACCCCGCGUUGUGUGGGGACAGCGAGAGGGAUGAGAAAUGAGGUUAUGGGGUGAUUUGGGUCCGUCCUGCCCCUAUUUGGCCCCAUAAGUGCUGCCCCAUUGAUAUGAAGGAGCUGCACCCCCCCCCCAACCCCACAACUGAUGGCACUUUGUUAAGGAACCAGAUUUAUAUAGGACUUUAUUUAAGGACAAAGCAAGAUUCCUAUUGAACUCAGCCCCAAUAGGGGCACUCGGUGACCAAAGGGGAAUUAAUGGGGUCAGGGUAUAACCCCAAUAGGGCUCAUCCCUUUGCUGUGCUAUGGGGCGGCCCAGGACUCAAUGGGGACCCUUCACUUUGUGCUAUAGGGCCGACACCAAGACAAAGCUCUGCUCAACCCCAAAAGCCUGAAGAAUUAUAAUAGGACUCAAUGGGGACCAUGGGAUCCCCUAUACUUUGUGUUAUAGGGCCGACAGCAGCACAAAGCUCCGCUCAACCCCAAAAGCCUGAAGAAUUGUAAUAGGAUCUGCUGAUGUUUGCACUGCUGGAUUAAAUAUAGGGUUAAAUAUG